AUGUCAUCAGCAACAGCCAAUAUCACCUCUGCCCUCGGAUCAUUCGAGCUUAUCGACGAGCAUGCCUCACAAGGUAGAACACCGUCUGCGUACGAUUGGAAACCUGAACAUUGGGUGAAAUAUCCUGUUCCAGAGACCUACAAUAUCCAAUCUCCACCUUGGAUAAGACCCGAACAGGUACCUAUGAGUUUCGUAGGCGUUAAUAUUGUCGAUGUUGAAAAUUCGUUGAUCCUCAAAUCGAUGACGGUCAAGAUCAAAUCAGGUAAAAUCGAAAGUAUCUCCAAAUCCCUGAAAGAACAUAUGCAAGAAGAUGGUUGGGAAAGUAUCAAUGCGGAAGGGUUAUACCUCUCUCCAGGUCUUAUUGACGUACAUACUCAUGUUACUGCUAUUCCCGGCCAACCUCUUGGCAGCCUUUCCCCCAAAUCAGAAACGUUGACUGCUCUAGGUACUCAAUACGUCUUGAAAGGCAUGCUCUGGCGUGGAUUCACCACUAUCCGAGAUGUAGGCGGCGCCAACAGACAUUACAAGAAUGCCACCGAACAGUGGCUCAUCCCCGGACCGAGGAUCUUCCAAGGUGGUCCAUUGAUGUCUCAAAGUGGAGGACAUGGUGAUGAUGGUGAGGAUGUGGAUAAACCGAUAAAUGGGUGUUGUGCAGGUGGAGGAGGAUUCAGUGGUACGAGCUGUAUCGUCGAUGGUGUGGAUGAAUGUACGAGAGCGGCAAGAAGGAUUAUGAUGGCUGGAGCCGAUCAUAUCAAGAUCUGUAGUUCGGGUGGUGUAGCUAGUCCAACAGAUAAAUUGGACAGCGAGCAAUUCACUGUUGCUGAGAUCAAAGCGAUCUGCGAUACAGUCAGAAUGAUGAAAGGUACUCUAGUCACUGCACACUGCUUCACGUCUGCCGCCGCACAAAAUGCAAUCGAAGGCGGUAUAGGCGGAAUCGAACACGGGCAUCUACUCGAUGAUGAUACCCUCAAACUAAUGGCUAAGAAGGGUGUCCACUUGACACCGACAUUGAUUGUACAGGAAUUACUCGACAAACCACCCUAUCAAGCUAUGAUCCCUCCUGUAUCGAGGGACAAGUUAAAACUUGUCAUUGAUGGUGGAUAUAGAGUGAUGAAGCGCGCCCAUGAGCUAGGUGUGAAUAUAGCAUAUGGAACGGACUGUUUCGGACCGAUGCAACCUAAUCAAUUGGCUGAAUUUGAAUUGAGGAAAAAGGUGUUGAGUAGUAAAGAUAUUAUCAAACAUGCUACGAUCAAUGCAGCCAAAGUAUUGAACAUGCAAGGUAAAAUAGGAAUCAUUGGCGAAGGCGCAUUCGCAGAUUUACUUUUACUUUCUGCCAACCCCCUUGAGGAUGUUGGUAUAUUCAAUGAGCCUCACAAAUACGUAAAGGGAAUCAUCAAGGAUGGUAGAGUCGUUAGAUCAGAGUUGAAGAGUCUCAGAGUGGAAGUCUCUUUGAUGUAG